GGCCUGGUGAGAUUCUCAGAUUUGGUAUACCCUUUGCAAUAAAAGCAUGAAAUAAAUUAUUUAGUUCUUCAAGACAAGGUCGCUUUUUCAAUCAACUUUGUUUUCUGUAACAUGUGAAUAAAAGCUACUCAUCAAAAUCACGGAUCCUAGCGGCUAGAUUUGAAAAUGAGUGAGCCUCAGCAAACUAAGAAUCCACCAAAAUCCACCACGUCCCCUGGUGCGGGCAUACGUUCGUUACGUUCGACCAACGUUUUCCGGGCUAUAAACUUUGAGCUGUACGCUAAACCGAACGCUGUUAUUAUGGGACUUGGAUUAGUUGCGAUUGGCAUAACCUUUGGUUACAUUGCCUAUAUGCGAGCAAAGUACGAAGGACUUGGAUAUUACACGGCUAUUCAAGAAGAUGGAAAGGAAAUUUUUGUAAAGAAAAAGUCCAAAUGGGAAUAAUUUUACCAUUAAAAAAAACAUGUUGAUUUUAAUUACCUCUUGAGUUUUUUUUUUCUAAAGUUAUUACUUUCUUGUGAGAGUUUAUGAUUUUCUUUUCCCACGAAAAAAAAAAACAAUCUUUGGCUCGAAUGGUUUUUAUUAUUCGAUAUUAUACAGCAUCUCACAAAGAUAAGACUGAUCUCAAACCCACACUUCUCAGUAAAAUGUUCAGAUUUUCACUGCUGUCAUUAUUUGUAUUAUGCUUGAUCUCAGAAUGUAGUUUAGUCUUUCAUCUCAUUGUUGUGUUAUAAAUUUACAUUAUGUACUCGUAAAAAAAACUAAUUCUGAAAUAAUUUCGAUGUAGCUGUUUACUUGUCUACAUUUCAACACAA